AUGGUGUUGAAGAAACUUAACCUUCUUGAAAGAUUAAACAUUGCUAUUAAUGUUGCAAGUGCACUGGAGUAUCUUCACCGUUAUUGCCAGACACCUUUAGUUCACUGCGAUCUUAAGCCAAGUAACGUUCUUCUGGAUAGUGAAUUGGUUGCUUUUGUAUCUGACUUUGGAUUGGCAAGAUUCCUUCCAAUAGCCACCCAAAAAUCAUCUACAAAUCAAACAAGCUCUAUUCUCGUAAGAGGACCAAUUGGGUACCCUGCCCCAGAGUACGGGAUGGGAAGUGCAUUGUCGACUUAUGGUGAUGUGUAUACCUACAAACUAGGCCACAGGUUGUUCAAUGGUACAUAUAUUUGGAGUCAGAUAUACAAAUUUAGGGCAUCUCCUUAUCCUGGUCAAAACUCUGUACAACGGGUAGUUAUUUUUGGCGAUAUGGGAAAGGAUGAGGCUGAUGGAUCCAAUGAAUAUAAUAAUUUCCAGCCUGGCUCCCUUAACACUACCAGACAACUUAUUCAAGACUUGAAGAACAUUGAUAUAGUCUUUCACAUAGGAGAUAUAUGUUAUGCCAAUGGAUAUGUUUCACAGUGGGACCAAUUUACUUCUCAGAUUGAACCGAUUGCCUCAACUGUACCUUAUAUGAUUGCAAGUGGUAACCAUGAGCGUGAUUGGCCCGGAACAGGAUCGUUCUAUGGGAACAUGGAUUCAGGAGGAGAAUGUGGUGUGUUGGCUGAGACUAUGUUUUACGUCCCUACAGAGAAUAGAGCAAAGUUCUGGUACUCUACUGACUAUGGCAUGUUCCGCUUCUGCAUAGCUGAUACAGAACAAGAUUGGAGACAGGGAACAGAGCAAUAUAAGUUCAUUGAGCACUGCCUGGCAUCUGUCGAUAGACAGAAGCAACCAUGGCUGAUCUUCCUUGCACACAGGGUAUUGGGUUAUUCCUCUGAUGCUUCCUAUGCUAUGGAAGGAUCAUUUGCAGAACCAAUGGGGAGGGAGAGCCUUCAAAAACUAUGGCAGAAGUACAAGGUUGAUAUAGCCAUGUUCGGACAUGUACACAAUUAUGAAAGGACAUGCCCAAUUUACCAGAACAUUUGCACAAAUGAAGAGAAGCAAUAUUAUAAGGGUUCGUUGAAUGGGACAAUACAUGUGGCUGCUGGGGGUGCGGGGGCAAGCCUUUCACCAUUUUCUUCCAUGCAACCCAAUUGGAGUAUAUUCAGGGAUUAUGACCAUGGAUUCACAAAGCUAACUGCAUUUGAUCAUUCAAACCUGUUGUUUGAGUACAAGAAAAGCAGUGAUGGGAAAGUUUACGAUUCCUUCAGAAUAUCCCGGGAUUAUAGAGACAUCUUGGCCUGCACUGUGGAUAGCUGCCCAAGUAUGACUCUGGCAUCUUGA